GCGGCCGGCCGGCAGGCGGACGGGAGGGCGGGCGAGCAGGCCCCGGGGCCCGGAGGCUGCGGGCGGCAGUGCAGGGCCCGGCGCGGCGAGAGAGGCCCGGAGGAUGCCGAGCAAGAAGAAGAAGUACAACGCGCGGUUCCCGCCGGCGCGGAUCAAGAAGAUCAUGCAGACGGACGAAGAGAUUGGCAAGGUGGCGGCUGCUGUGCCUGUCAUCAUCUCCCGGGCUCUCGAGCUCUUCCUGGAGUCGUUGUUGAAGAAGGCCUGUCAGGUCACCCAGUCCCGGAACGCUAAGACCAUGACCACAUCUCACCUGAAGCAGUGCAUUGAGCUAGAACAGCAGUUUGACUUCUUGAAAGACUUGGUGGCAUCAGUGCCUGACAUGCAAGGGGACGGGGAAGAUAACCACAUGGAUGGGGACAAGGCUCCUCGCAGGGGCCGGAAGCCAGGCAGCAGUGGCCGAAAAAACGGAGGGAUGGGAAGCAAAGGCAAAGACAAGAAGUUGUCAGGGACAGACUCGGAGCAGGAGGAUGAGUCCGAGGACACAGAUACUGACAGGGAAGAAGAGACACCGCAGCCCCCACCCCAAGCCAGCCAACCCCCUGCCCACUUUCAGAGCCCUCCAACCCCCUUCAUGCCCUUUGCCUCUACUCUGCCUUUGCCCCCGGCACCCCCGGGCCCUUCAGCACCUGACGCAGAGGAUGAAGAGGACUAUGACUCCUAGCACCCUCUGCCCACCACCCCGGGCCAUACCCCCUUUUAGUUGGUUUUAGUUGCUCUGGGGAAAAGAGAAAAGGUGAAGUUGUUCUUAAAUUUAUUAAGUAAAAAAU